AUGGGCAGUUUAGCUUGCUUGACUAUAACUAAGCAACCUUUGGCUAAGGAAAUUCAGACCUUGAAGUCUAAAUUCAUGCAGUUGGGCAUCUCAGAAAAAGAUGGGGUGCUAACUAGCAUAGAGGUUAGGGCCACGUUCAUUAAGGAGAUCAAGGCCAAACAAUUUGAGGAUGAAAAUUUGAAUGAAGUUAAGAAGAAGACUGCGACUGGUAAGGCACAAGAGACCACUCUUGAUGCGGAAGAUGUUCUUAGUUUUAGAGGAAGGAUUUGUGUUCCUCGAGUUGAUGACUUGAUUCAGAAUUUGUUGAUGGAGUCUCAUGGUUCGCGAUAUUUCAUUCAUCCAGGCGUAACCAAGAUCUACCGAGAUUUGAAACGAAUUUAUUGGUGGCCAGACAUGAAGAAGGAUAUAGCAGAGUUUGUAGCUAAGUGUCAAAAUUGCCAACAAGCAAAGUAUGAACAUCAAAGGCAUGAAGGUUUGCUUUAG